UCAUGAUUCCAUAGCACAUGUGACACACAAAGCUAAAGUAUUGGUCUCGAAUGCCGAAUUUAAGUGAUGCUGAAUGAUUGUCUCAAUCGCUCUAGGGUUGGUGUCCAUUGCGUGGAUGGGAAAGCUCCUGAGAAUUUCUGCGUAGCGCUUCAGCAUUCAUGUCACAUCUUCAUGUCCAGACAUCUCAAUCAAUCAAGACAAGAGUGUAGGAUUGGGACUCUGACCACGUGAAAGCUUUCGUUCGGUGAGCAGCUUUCUAAAGCGUGUCUGUUUUUCGGAGAAGAGAAGCGCGGAAUGUCUCUAACAUGGAGCCCACUUGGUGCGAAGUUUUGGGUAUGCAUGGGCAUUACUCUCGUCUGCCUCGCACGGACUUCUGUUGCAGAAGAUCCCACCCCUACCCCAUGGCCUACGCCGUUCUAUGCCGUAUUGUACCAAAAUUUUAGCGGCAUCAUAGGGCUCAUGGAUCUUUACUACGACUGGGAGAAUGGAAGGAACCUACAUCUGAUUAAAAAUCAAUACCAACCAAUCGUACACGACAUGGAGUUUAAUAAUGGGACAGUCCUCAAGUGGUCGACUUCAAGCGAUUGCAGGAAUCUCGAUGUUGGGGUUGGGGUUCUGCCUCCAACUUGGCUCAAAGGCGCAACAUAUCUCGGAACUCAAAAAGAAGAUGGUUUCACUGUAAAUGUGUUUACGAAAGCUGACUUCAUCGUCUACAGGGAGGAUGUUGUUUCUAAAAGGCCUGUUAGCUGGACAUUUUACACAGGACGUGAUGUUCAUGUGAUGUCAUUUCAGCCUGGAUACGUUUUGCCCGAAGAGAACUGGUAUGUCCCAGUUGAGUGCUUUCUUGAACAAGAAAAAUAUGACCUUACAGCCUCUGGUUUCCAUGAAUCUAUGGAUCCAUUCUCUGAAACCAGAGAAUGGAUGAUCAGUGGUUCCACGAGUGCGUAGAUUGAAGAAAAGGUCCGCACUUCUGACUGUUUAGGAGAACGGAUUUUGUUAAUAACUCAGACAGGUCGUUCGGGAAUGAUGAUAAAAGUUCGUCGUCUCUGCCUCCAGUACUAACCAAUAGUGUAGGGGUCCAGUUUCGCUCAGUAUAUUAGCUUACAAAUACUCUCCACCAACCUGGUCGGAGAUCGUGAAUAACACUUGAUCUAGGGCUGCAAGAAACUGCAUACACAUAAAUGUACUUGUAAGAUAUCCGUGCCGAUCCGAGUUUGCAUUAUAAGAUCUGGGUGGGGUCAGCCACUGCUAAACUUCGAGCAAAUAUGGUGCACCGAUGUAAUUGACGAAGGUACUAUAUAAAAACUCACUAAAGAUCAAAUUUCUAAAAAUCAUAUGUAAAGGCAUCAACUUCUCAUGAAGCAUGUGAGCAUCUUCAUUAGGCCGAGAUUUAAGUUAGAAAUAAGUUUCUGCUGUCAAUGACAGGAAGCUCUUAGGACCAUUGUCAGACCAUGAUGUACUGAAAACAAGCGGUCAUCAUCAACAGAGUCACAAGAGGAUUAGAAACAAUUUCAGCCCACAGUUGCUUCAACAUCUGCUCUUAAAGCGGGCA